CUUUAUUUAACUGCUCUAAAGCUGUAGGUCAGAUGUUUUGGUUUCUGUUGUUAAGUGUUUCUCAGGUGUGGGAGCUUUAGUAGUUAGCAGCUCUUUAACUCAUUAUAAAAAUAGACCAUAAACCUCCAAUAAACACAGUGAGAAACCUGGAUCACAGUAAUGGACACUGUAAACAUGAACUGCAGAAAUACCAAGCUUUUUAUCUGACUGCCUUUUGUCUUUAUCUGAUCAGGCAAGUUUCACCUAACACCCACUGACUGUACUAUGACUUAUGGAAUGCUGUAAGAGGGGCGGAGCUACAGAGAAAACACCUUCUCCUUUGUUUCAGGAAGUUCAGCAAUUGCAGAACUGUAAAUAAACCCUGUUUCCUGAAGCUGCAGGAGGUUUCCUGGUCAUGGGGUCGGCUGGUGUUGGCCGGCAGGUCGGCAUGGUUGUGUUGUUUACUGUAGCAGUCUAUAUAAACCACGCAGUUGCUCUACAGGUGACAUCCUCAGGACCACAGACCACUAAAAAAGCUCAGGGCGAUGCGGUGACCCUUUCCUGCACGUACAGUGAAAGCCCCUCAGACACUGGGCAGUUGGACGUGGAGUGGUCGAUGGUCAGUCCAGACAUGACCCAGAAAGAUAAACUGGUUCUGUCCUACUCCGGGGGAAAGGAGUAUAAGCUUGGCAGUCCAGACCUGAUGAACCGUCUGAAGUUUGUGGGCGACCCGAGCCGAGGAGACGCCUCCAUCUCCAUCACCUCACUGCGAGUCUCUGAAACAGCGACCUAUCAAUGUAAAGUGAAGAAGCCACCCGGCAUCGACUCGCGGAAGAUCACCUUAAUCGUGCUUGCACCCCCGUCUGUGCCGAGAUGCUGGGUGGAGAACGGGGAGGUGAUUGGCAGCUCUGUGUCGCUGCGCUGCAAAUCGGCUGAGGGCUCCAUUCCUCUAAACUACAAGUGGACAAGAGACAGUGGCUCUAUGCCCACCACAGCCACCCAGUACGCUCAAACAGGUGAGCUGCUGAUCAGCAACCACUCCCAGAGCUACACUGGCGGCUACACCUGUGAGGUCAGCAAUGAAGUAGGAAAGGAGCAGUGCAAGUACACCCUGAACGCCUACAACCCAACCAAUAGGGCGGGAGUGAUUGCGGGUGCUGUGAUUGGUGCUCUGUUGCUGUUGCUCCUCCUGCUGCUGUUAAUCUGGCUCUUGAUUUGCUGUUGUCAGAAGCGGCGCUACGAAAAGGAAGCGGCCAAUGAGAUCAAAGAGGACGCAGCGGCUCCAGAAAGUCGCCCCGGCAGCCGGCACUCCAGCUUUCGUUCUGUUACAGGGUACCGGACACAUCACGGCAUUGUUUAUAACUCUGUGAGAAACGCUCAGCCCAACCGGACCGAGUCUGCUCGCAGCAACAUCUACACUGACCCCCGUCAACUGUCCCCCCAAGCCAACUCACCAGACAGUGCCUACAAACCCCCACUGAACUACGACAGCAGAUACGGAUACCCAGUAUAGAACUGGUGCUAGAGUCCGGAGUGUGGAAUAGCAUACCAACACAAUAUUAAGAACUGGAAUAACCAAAGCCCUGCCCCCAAAAAAAGCAGAAUAACAUGACAUUUAUGAUGUUAUUAAAGGUGUUUUGUAUUUGUGUUUAUGAGACACAGAUUGUUUCUAUAAUGUUUGUAUAACUGCUAUCAAACUAUUUUUGUAAAUAUAUUUUGUGAUAUUAUAAACAUAUCUUAUGGGAAUUAUUUUGACUUGAUUUAUGAGUUAUUAAUAAAACUUUUUGUGCUGAUGUGAAA